UCCAUCUGUCAGUAUGGGUCACUGUUCCCCUCCAUCUGUCAGUAUGGGUCACUGUUCCCCUCCAUCUGUCAGUAUUGGUCACUGUUCCCCUCCAUCUGUCAGUAUGGGUCACUAUUCCCCCCUCCAUCUGUCAGUAUGGGUCACUGUUCCCCUCCAUCUGUCAGUAUGGGUCACUGUUCCCCUCCAUCUGUCAGUAUGGUUCAAUAUUCCCCUCCAUCUGUCAGUAUGGGUCACUAUUCCCCUCCAUCUGUCAGUAUGGGUCACUGUUCCCCUCCAUCUGUCAGUAUGGGUCACUAUUCCCCUCCAUCUGUCAGUAUGGGUCACUGUUCCCCUCCAUCUGUCAGUAUGGGUCACUGUUCCCCUCCAUCUGUCAGUAUGGGUCACUGUUCCCCUCCAUCUGUCAUUAUGGGUCACUGUUCCCCUCCAUCUGUCAGUAUGGAUCACUAUUCCCCCCUCCAUCUGUCAGUAUGGGUCACUAUUCCCCUCCAUCUGUCAGUAUGGGUCACUAUUCCCCCCUCCAUCUGUCAGUAUGGGUUACUGUUCCCCUCCAUCUGUCAGUUUUCCCCUCCAUCUGUCAGUAUGGGUCACUGUUCCCCUCCAUCUGUCAGUAUAUGUCACUAUUCCCCCCUCCAUCUGUCAGUAUGGUUCACUGUUCCCCUCCAUCUGUCAGUAUGGGUCACUACUCCCCUCCAUCUGUCAGUAUGGGUCACUGUUCCCCUCCAUCUGUCAGUAUAUGUCACUAUUCCCCCCUCCAUCUGUCAGUAUGGGUUACUGUUCCCCUCCAUCUGUCAGUUUUCCCUUCCAUCUGUCAGUAUGGGUCACUGUUCCCCUCCAUCUGUCAGUAUGGGUCACUGUUCCCCUCCAUCUGUCAGUAUGGGUCACUGUUCCCCUCCAUCUGUCAGUAUGGGUCACUAUUCCCCUCCAUCUGUCAGUGUGGGUCACUAUUCCCCUCCAUCUGUCAGUAUGGGUCACUGUUCCCCUCCAUCUGUCAGUAUGGGUCACUAUUCCCCUCCAUCUGUCAGUAUGGGUCACUGUUCCCCUCCAUCUGUCAGUAUGGGUCACUAUUCCCCUCCAUCUGUCAGUAUGGGUCACUGUUCCCCUCCAUCUGUCAGUAUGGGUCACUGUUCCCCUCCAUCUGUCAGUAUGGGUCACUGUUCCCCUCCAUCUGUCAGUAUGGGUCACUGUUCCCCUCCAUCUGUCAGUAUGGGUCACUGUUCCCCUCCAUCUGUCAGUAUGGGUCACUGUUCCCCUCCACCUGUCAGUAUGGGUCACUGUUCCCCUCCAUCGGUCAGUUUGGUUCACUAUUCCCCUCCAUCUGUCAGUAUGGGUCAGUAUUCCCCUCCAUCUGUCAGUAUGGCUCAAUAUUCCCCUCCAUCUGUCAGUAUAUGUCACUAUUCCCCUCUAUCUGUCAGUAUGGGUCACUCUUCCCCUCCAUCUGUCAGUAUGGGUCACUAUUCCCCUCCAUCUGUCAGUAUGGCUCAAUAUUCCCCUCCAUCUGUCAGUAUAUGUCACUAUUCCCCUCCAUCUGUCAGUAUGGGUCACUCUUCCCCUCCAUCUGUCAGUAUGGGUCACUAUUCCCCUCCAUCUGUCAGUAUGGGUCACUAUUCCCCUCCAUCUGUCAGUAUGGGUCAGUAUUCCCCCCUCCAUCUGUCAGUAUGGGUCACUGUUCCCCUCCAUCUGUCAGUAUGGGUCAGUAUUCCCCUACAUCUGUCAGUAUGGGUCAGUAUUCCCCUACAUCUGUCAGUAUGGGUCAGUAUUCCCCUCCAUCUGUCAGUAUGGGUCACUGUUCCCCUCCAUCUGUCAGUAUGGGUCACUGUUCCCCUCCAUCUGUCAGUAUGGGUCACUGUUCCCCUCCAUCUGUCAGUAUGGGUCACUGUUCCCCUCCAUCUGUCAGUAUGGGUCACUGUUCCCCUUCAUCUGUCAGUAUGGGUCACUGUUCCCCUCCAUCUGUCAGUAUGGGUCAGUAUUCCCCUACAUCUGUCAGUAUGGGUCAGUAUUCCCCUACAUCUGUCAGUAUGGGUCACUGUUCCCCUCCAUCUGUCAGUAUGGGUUACUGUUCCCCUCCAUCUGUCAGUAUGGGUCACUAUUCCCCUCCAUCUGUCAGUAUGGGUCACUGUUCCCCUCCAUCUGUCAGUAUGGGUCACUGUUCCCCUCCAUCUGUCAGUAUGGGUCACUGUUCCCCUCCAUCUGUCAGUAUGGGUCACUGUUCCCCUCCAUCUGUCAGUAUGGGUCACUGUUCCCCUCCAUCUGUCAUUAUGGGUCACUGUUCCCCUCCAUCUGUCAGUAUGGGUCACUGUUCCCCUCCAUCUGUCAGUAUGGGUCACUGUUCCCCUCCAUCUGUCAGUAGGUGUCACUGUUCCCCUCCAUCUGUCAGUAUGGGUCACUAUUCCCCCCUCCAUCUGUCAGUAUGGGUUACUGUUCCCCUCCAUCUGUCAGUAUGGGUCACUAUUCCCCUCCAUCUGUCAGUAUGGGUCACUGUUCCCCUACAUCUGUCAGUAUGGGUCACUAUUCCCCCCUCCAUCUGUCAGUAUGGGUCACUGUUCCCCUCCAUCUGUCAGUAUGGGUCACUGUUCCCCUCCAUCUGUCAGUAUGGGUCACUGUUCCCCUCCAUCUGUCAGUAUGGGUCACUGUUCCCCUCCAUCUUUCAGUAUGGGUCACUAUUCCCCUCCAUCUGUCAGUAUGGGUCACUGUUCCCCUCCAUCUGUCAGUAUGGGUCACUAUUCCCCUCCAUCUGUCAGUAUGGGUCACUGUUCCCCUCCAUCUGUCAGUAUGGGUCACUGUUCCCCUCCAUCUGUCAGUAUGGGUCACUGUUCCCCUCCAUCUGUCAGUAUGGAUCACUGUUCCCCUCCAUCUGUCAGUAUGGGUCACUGUUCCCCUCCAUCUGUCAGUAUGGGUCACUGUUCCCCUCCAUCUGUCAGUAUGGUUCACUGUUCCCCUCCAUCUGUCAGUAUGGUUCACUGUUCCCCUCCAUCUGUCAGUAUGGGUCACUAUUCCCCUCCAUCUGUCAGUAUGGGUCACUGUUCCCCUCCAUCUGUCAGUAUGGGUCACUGUUCCCCUCCAUCUGUCAGUAUGGGUCACUGUUCCCCUCCAUCUGUCAGUAUGGGUCACUAUUCCCCUCCAUCUGUCAGUAUGGGUCACUGUUCCCCUCCAUCUGUCAGUAUGGGUCAGUAUUCCCCUCCCACUGAAGGCCUGUGGCGUUAUCAUUAGUGCACAAUAACAAGCAGGCAUAGAACGUUUUGCAACGCAAAUUAGAGUUUAUAUCGGACAUAUUCAGUUAUGUCCUUCUCCGUUUCGUUUCUUUUACAGACAUCCCUGGACCUAAACUAUUGUGUGAAUCCACCAAGUCAGUUUUUAGGGAAUAUCAUUGAUGACUUUCCAUAAAUGCUUUUUUAGGACUUGAAAUUCAUGUGCUAUGCAUGCAGAUAGUGGUGGUAAAACACAGCUUAUGUUGGUUUGGGUCUUAUCCUCAGAUGAGGGUAGCUGCCUGUCCUUACCCUCAGAGUUGAGCUUCACUGCACCACAUACUGUGUAAUAUGUCUGCUACUCUUGAGGUGAACAUCCUUUGUGAUACGAUCAAAGAACUUGUACAUUUUUGAUUGCGAUUCUGAAAAUGGAACUGCAGUACAAGUACAACAAGCUUACAAAUACCAUAGAUACAGUAGCAUAUCAUUUUUUUAUAGGAAACUUUUGAUGAAAUAUGAAACCUUGAAAUGCAACUUAAAGAAUGGAAGAACAAACAAAUGAUUUUCAACUGGCUUCGGUAUCAUGUUGAAGAAGAAAUAAUCAAAUGAUUGUUGGAAGACUACAGAAUUGAGAACUGGUUUAGUCUUAACGUAUUGUGAUCAGCUGUGUGGUCAAGGGGUUUGUGAUGUUACAUGGAUUAGUCAGUGUAUUGUUUUCACGAUUUUAACAAUGGAAAAUACAUUUUGAAUUCAUGGACUUUUGCUAUGUAUGUGAAAAUGUGUUUGCUAUAGAAAUGAAAAAAGAUGGAUGUGGUUGUUACCUGCUAUACCAGCCUGGUAAGCCAAACACUGUAGCAUGGUCUCAGGUCCGUUUGUACCCUCUUGCCUACUCCAAUGACCAUACUAUAGGUUGGCAAGACAGUACAAACUGAUCUGGGACCAGGCUAAUAUCACUCUAGUCUUUAGCCUCAAAGAACCAGGUUGUCAAUUCAGUUCAAAACAUAGAUAUGGAAUUACAUAGAUUCUAUUUCUUUGUUUUAAAGAUCGACUCUGAUCUCCAUGCAGUAAGUGUGUUCUGUUUAGUGUUUAGCCUUUCUAGGGAUUUACUAUUCUGUAGUAGUUUAGCAUCCAUAGAUCCAUCUAGAGCGCUGUCUGUAUGGACUAUUUUUGUAUCUCAAAAAAGAAAAAUUACAUUUAAGAAUAUCAAGAAAUUACCUGGAAUUUACCUGGAAGUGAGAGUUAAAAGUACAUGUAUUUAUGUUUUAUUGUUGCCAAAGAGAAGUAUUUAAUGAAGUAUUGGGGCAAAUAGGAACAUAGGAUAUUUGAUCUAGAUUGUUUUAACCCACUAGUGGUGAGACUAUAGACUCGGUACCAGUCUGUUUGUGCCAUCAUGCCACUCCUGGUGCCCAGGCUAGUGAGACGAAAGGGAUGUGAUGAUGAGCAAUGUUAGGCCUUGCCCUGGUCGUGAUUUAAACAAACAGGACUAGUUUAGGGAUGCUGUCAGUAAGAUGUGUCCUGGUCGUGAUUUAAACAAACAGGACUAGUUUAGGGAUGCUGUCAGUAAGAUGUGUCCUGGUCGUGAUUUAAACAAACAGGACUAGUUUAGGGAUGCUGUCAGUAAGAUGUGUCCUGGUCGUGAUUUAAACAAACAGGACUAGUUUAGGGAUGCUGUCAGUAAGAUGUGUCCUGGUCGUGAUUUAAACAAACAGGACUAGUUUAGGGAUGCUGUCAGUAAGAUGUGUCCUGGUCGUGAUUUAAACAAACAGGACUAGUUUAGGGAUGCUGUCAGUAAGAUGUGUCCUGGUCGGGAUUUAAACAAACAGGACUAGUUUAGGGAUGCUGUCAGUAAGAUGUGUCCUGGUCGUGAUUUAAACAAACAGGACUAGUUUAGGGAUGCUGUCAGUAAGAUGUGUCCUGGUCGUGAUUUAAACAAACAGGACUAGUUUAGGGAUGCUGUCAGUAAGAUGUGUCCUGGUCGUGAUUUAAACAAACAGGACUAGUUUAGGGAUGCUGUCAGUAAGAUGUGUCCUGGUCGUGAUUUAAACAAACAGGACUAGUUUAGGGAUGCUGUCAGUAAGAUGUGUCCUGGUCGUGAUUUAAACAAACAGGACUAGUUUAGGGAUGCUGUCAGUAAGAUGUGUCCUGGUCGUGAUUUAAACAAACAGGACUAGUUUAGGGAUGCUGUCAGUAAGAUGUGUCCUGGUCGUGAUUUAAACAAACAGGACUAGUUUAGGGAUGCUGUCAGUAAGAUGUGUCCUGGUCGUGAUUUAAACAAACAGGACUAGUUUAGGGAUGCUGUCAGUAAGAUGUGUCCUGGUCGUGAUUUACACAAACAGGACUAGUUUAGGGAUGCUGUCAGUAAGAUGUGUCCUGGUCGUGAUUUAAACAAACAGGACUAGUUUAGGGAUGCUGUCAGUAAGAUGUGUCCUGGUCGUGAUUUAAACAAACAGGACUAGUUUAGGGAUGCUGUCAGUAAGAUGUGUCCUGGUCGUGAUUUAAACAAACAGGACUAGUUUAGGGAUGCUGUCAGUAAGAUGUGUCCUGGUCGUGAUUUAAACAAACAGGACUAGUUUAGGGAUGCUGUCAGAAAGAUAUGCCCCACCCCACUCUACUUUCUGUACGUUAUGAAAUAUAAAUAAAGUGUUUUACACAUCAA